AUGUCGGAGAAAAAGAUGAAACAAAAGGAGCUAAAAAGACGGAACAUCAUCGAUUCAAUAAGGCGCAUCGACGAAUUCCUGCAAAAUUACGAUCCUGAUCGAGAUUCCCAAGAGGUAGCGAUACGAAUGAGCAGACUGGAUACACUGAUGGAGACUUUCGAGUCGAUUCAAGCUGAGUAUGAGACAUUUGAUGAUACUGAUGAAUUUAUUCAUUUAAAUACGGCAACCAGAGCAAAGGUAGAAGAGCAAUAUUUUCGAGUUAAAGGUGGUUUGAUGUCGCUAGUCCCUCCCGCUGCACCAGUUCCAAUUCAGCCGGUAUCGACAGUACCUAUAGUUUCGCAGUUUAGUGGUGUAAAACUUCCGACGAUUUCUUUACCUCAGUUCGAUGGGGACUUGAACGAUUGGUUAACAUUCCAUGACUCAUUCAAUUCGUUAAUCCAUUCCGCUUCGGAGAUCCCGUGUAUCCAAAAAUUCCAAUACUUACGCUCAGCUUUAAAGGGAGAUGCACUUAAACUGAUAGAGUCGCUUACGAUCACCGCAAACAAUUACGCGGUUGCCUGGGAGUCCCUUUUGAACCGGUAUUCAAACAAAUACUUACUGAAAAAGAAGCACUUGCAAGCCAUAACGUCCCAACCCAAGCCAAUCGGAAAAUCUAUUUCAUCCCUGCGUGUCGUGGUAGAAGAAUUCCAGCGACAUGUAAAAAUUUUGGAACAACUGAAUGAACCUACAGCGCACUGGAGCAGCCUGUUGGUUCAAUUGCUUUGUGCAAGAGUCGAUGAGCAAACACUGAAAGACUGGGAAGAGUUUAUUUCUGCUGAUGGUGAUCCAACGUACACAAAUCUUAUCGAAUUUCUUACCAAGAAAAUCCGCACCAUGGAAUCACUAUCCAUAAAUGCUGAUUAUUCUGUGCCAUCCACUCCAAAUAAACAUCAUUUUCCCGCAAAGCACCAAAGGUCAUCCCUAGGUCAACCUUCUUCCCGAAUUGGAAGCUUCGCCGCGACGGAAAACUACUUACCCGCCUGCCAUGCAUGCGAACACCGACACUUCCUAGUUAAAUGUCCUGUUUUCGAGAAAAUGUCGUUAAAGGAUAAACUCCAAUUGGUUAACACAAAGAAGAUUUGUAGUAAUUGUUUCCGUAGGGAUCAUUUCGUUCGAAAAUGUGCUUCCAAAUAUGCCUGUCAAAUAUGCCAAAGGCGUCAUCACACUUUGUUACACCCUGGUUUCGAGACAACAGCGACUGUCAUCGAAAAUCCCAAUCAUGGCGGUACCCAUGGCCAGCUUCCUCAACACUGCCCAAGUUCCAACGUUGCUCGAUGUGAGAUCGAGACGGUUCCAGCUGCAACUGAUAAAAUCGUUUCCACCAACUCAGUAUCUGACCCCCGCAGUAUUACCGUGUUCCUGUCGACGGUGGUACUCAUCGUGUUGGAUAGAUAUGGGAGAGAACAUCUAGCCCGAGCGAUUUUAGAUUCUGCAUCCCAAUGCUGUUUGAUGAGCGAACGACUCUCGCAACGAUUAAACUUACCUCAACGACGUCUGAAUCAACCAAUCUUUGGCGUCGGCGAAUCAAAAGUUCGAGCUACUGGUUUGGUUUCCACUGAAGUACGAUCGCGAAUUGGAAAGUUUGCAGUCCAAAUAGAUUGUCUGAUUCUCCCUAAGAUUACAACCAUGCUACCUGCGGUCACUGUCAAAAGGGACAGUUGGACUAUUCCCGAAGGUAUUGAACUGGCAGAUCCCAACUUUAACGUUUCCCAAAAAAUUGAUUUGAUUAUUGGUGCUGAACACUUCUAUACCUUUCUGAAGGGUGGCCGGAUUGAUUUAGGAAAAUCAUACCCUAUGCUGAUUGAAAGCGAGUUUGGAUGGCUCGUUACCGGAAUAUCGUCACAUGAAACAACCCAUCACACUCCGAUAUGUAACAUUUCUAUCCUAGAGUCACUCGAUAGGAACAUAGAGAAAUUUUGGCGAAUAGAAGAAUUGCACACAAAGGUACUUUCCCCGACAGAACAAAUGUGUGAGGACUUUUUUCGUGACACGGUUUCUAGGGACAAUUCCGGGCGGUAUAUAGUGAAAUAUCCAAAAAGGGAGGACAUUUUUAGUAAAAUUGGUGAUUCCUACUCUAAUGCAUUAAGGAGAUUGGAAAGCCUCGAACGAAAACUGGAUCGGAACGAGCAGCUUAAGAAAAGAUAUCAUACGUUCAUGUCAGAGUUCAUUAACCUCGGGCAUAUGCGUGAAAUAUCUCAGGAUGAAAAGAAAUCUUUGAUUACCUGUUACCUCCCUCAUCACCCGGUCGUGAAGGAAUCGAGCACGACCACCAAGGUGCGCGGCGUGUUCGACGCGUCGGCAAAAACCAGUACCGGAUAUUCCCUGAACGAUGCACUUUUAGUUGGUCCUGCAAUCCAAGACGAGUUGUAUACCAUUAUUUUGCGCUUCCGACGAUACCGAAUAGUUCUUUUGGCGGACAUAGAAAAGAUGUACCGCAUGAUAAAAAUACACCCUGAUGAUCAGUUUCUCCAAUGUGUACUGUUUCGUUUCAACAAAAAUCACCCCGUUACUGAAUAUGUCCUCACCACUGUGACGUAUGGAUUGGCACCCUCAUCCUUUUUGGCGACACGAACGUUGUGUCAACUGGCUGAAUUCAUCCGAGGAGAGGAUAGUGUUGAGUCGGCGAUUAAACUGCGCCGAGAGAUGUCUGAGUUACUCACGCGAAAAGGUUUUCGUUUACGAAAGUUUUGUUCCAAUUCCCACGAGGUCCUAAACGAUAUACCAGAGGAAGACUUGGCCACUCAAUCCGAUCGAACGUUCGAUCCAGAGCAGACGAUCAAAACUUUGGGAAUUAGUUGGGAGCCUUCGACUGACCAAUUUCGUUUCGAAGUCAACGUUAAUAUGAAAGAUGCAUCAAUAACGAAACGUCAUAUCCUAUCAAUAAUCGCGCGGCUUUACGAUCCACUUGGUUUAAUCGCACCUAUCAUCGUCCGGGCCAAAAUAGUAAUGCAACAACUGUGGACGUUAUCGUUGGAUUGGGAUGAAGAAGUACCCGCUGAAAUUCAAACCAUAUGGAUAUCCUUUAUUUCUGAUUUACCACAGCUUGCAGAAUUUCGUAUUGAACGGUAUGCAUUUGAGACAGGAGAUGUGCAAUUACACUGCUUUGCGGACGCCUCUGACGUGGCUUAUGGGGCAUGUGUGUAUGUGCGUUCGGAUAUGGGCUACGGAAGAAUCAAGGUGGAACUAUUAACUUCCAAAUCAAGGGUGGCGCCGUUGAAAAAACGCAGUAUUCCGCGGUUGGAAUUGUGCGCCGCUAAGCUAGCUGCUCAGCUAGUGGCAAAGGUUGGUACCGCUUUGGAAAUCCGAGUGGAGUCUAUUUGGUGCUGGUCAGAUUCUACCGUAGUAUUAUUUUGGCUGCGUUCCCCAUCGCCUACCUGGAAAACAUUUGUGUCAAAUCGCGUGGCUGAAAUCCAAAUUCUAACCAAUGGCUCUAAAUGGCGGCAUGUACCGGGAGCGGAAAAUCCAGCUGAUCUAGUUUCCCGGGGUAUGACAGUCCAACAAAUCAUAAGAAGCGAGCUCUGGAGACAUGGACCAGAGUGGUUGCAAAAGGAUAAAACUUAUUGGCCGGAAUUUCAAAUCCCUUUAGCCGCCCCGUCUGACGAAAUACUUGAGCGUAAGGUGACUAGUUUGGCGAUCCGAAUACCACCACCACCUAACCCUUUAAUAACACGAUUUUCUUUAUAUCACCGUAUGGUACGAUCGAUUGCUUAUUGCCUUCGAUUUAUUAAAAACUCUCGUAAGGGAACGAGAGAAAGCACCAUUGUUCUAUCGCUAGAAGAAGUGAAACAUUCACAAACCACACUGGUAAAAUUGGUGCAAGCUGAGUGCUACCCGAACGAGCUACGAGUUCUCCGCAGAGGACAAUCGGUUGCCAAUCAGUCCACAUUGAAGCUGUUGAAUCCGUUCGUGGACUCGUCUGGAAUUAUUCGUGUCGGUGGUCGACUGAGACUGUCGAAUCAACCUUAUGAAACCAAACACCCUAUUCUAUUACCUGGCACUCAUCAUUUCACCCGACUGCUGCUUGUAUCAUACCAUCGUAAACUAUUACACGGAGGAAUUUCUCACACACUCGCUGCAGUUCGAAACGACUUUUGGCCAACCUGUGGUAGAAGGGCCGUACGCAGCACAAUUUGGAAUUGUUACCGCUGUACCCGUGCCGAUCCUCGCCCGAUUAAACAGCCUAUUGGGCAAAUUCCAUCGCCUCGCAUCACUCCAAGUCGGCCGUUCGCAUCAGUUGGUGUAGACUAUUGCGGACCGGUCUAUAUUAAAUCCAGAAUUCGCAAAGGUACCGCUGGACAUCCGAGUAUCUCAAGGAGUUACAACGUCAAGCUACCGUCAACCCACGUAAAGUCGAUCUGA